AUAUCUAUCAUGAUCAAAACAGAUACAUGUAUGACACUGUAGUAGAUUAUCCACUCUUGAUUUGAAUGAUGUUGCUAUAUAUGUGGAUCGCAGAUGAUAUCGUGCCGUUUACGGCUCAUCUUCUUCCCACAUAUACAGCUUGUGAUACAAAUCAGCCUCUCUCAAAGCAUCAGACAAGUGAAAAUGGAAGCCUCCUACCUUUUUCUACAACUUUCUUCCUUCUUAUAAUUGCAUACGUGAAGCUAGCUUCUCUUUCUGUAUCUUUUCUUUUCAAUCAAAUGGAGAGCCAUGAGAUAUUUCUCCCAGCAGGAUCAUCAUUAGGACCAUCCACUUAUUCUUCAUCAUUACAGAUGCAAAUGGCAAAUCCUGGAACCCAAUUCAGUGGUAAAGAUGGAAGUUGGAUAAGUUCAGAAAAGAGUACAAGUCAUCAUCAGAGUGGAAGCUCAAGCAGUACAAGUGAAAAGUUCGAAGGGGAUAAUGAAAAUAAGGAGAUUAUAAGGCAUAGAUAUGCAUUUCAGACAAGGAGUCAGAUUGACAUACUUGAUGAUGGGUAUCGAUGGAGAAAAUAUGGGCAGAAGACAGUAAAGAAUAGCAAGUUCCCAAGUUACUACAAGUGCACCCAUAGUGGAUGCAACGUGAAGAAGCAAGUCCAACGCAAUUCUAAUAAUGAAGAGAUUGUAGUGACAACUUACGAAGGAAUGCAUACUCAUCCAACUGAGAUAUGUAGUGAUAAUUUUGAAGAAAUAAUCCUCAGGCAGAUGCAAACAUAUAAGCUUCUUUCUGAUACCCACGCAGGAAUUACAAAUCGUGAAUAAAUUAAUAAUCUUCUAAGAAACAUGUACUUUUCUUAAUUUUCUUUUUGCAUGGAUGCAUGGGGAGAAUCCUGUGCCAUUGAAGAUUCAUGUUAGGUUUUACUGGUUCACUAUGGAUUGAAAUUCAGUUGCUUAUCUUAGUAAUUUUCA